CAUUUGCUCCCAUUAGCUAACGGCACCACUCAGUAGCCAUUUUGUUCCAGCGGAGGUGCCCCUAAGAUGGCGGCUGGGGAGACGGUGAAGGUUGCAGUCUGCCCCUCUGGGCUCUAGUCCACCGUCUCCCCGUCCCCUGGCGGCCAUCUCAUGGCCUGGUGGAGGCCCCGACCAUGGACCUCCGCACCGUCGUAUACAACGCCGCCCGGGACGGCAAGCUUCAGCUGCUUCAAAAGCUGCUCAGCGGCCGGAGCCGGGAAGAGUUGGAUGAGCUGACGGGCGAGGUGGCUGGCGGGGGGACGCCGCUGCUCAUUGCCGCCCGCUACGGCCACCUGGACGUGGUCGAGUACCUGGUGGACCGGUGCGGCGCGAGCGUGGAGGCGGGCGGCUCGGUGCACUUCGAUGGGGAGACCAUCGAGGGCGCGCCGCCGCUGUGGGCCGCCUCGGCCGCGGGCCACCUGGACGUGGUGCAGAGCCUGCUGCGCCGCGGGGCUUCGGUGAACCGCACCACGCGUACCAACUCCACGCCCCUGCGCGCUGCCUGUUUCGAUGGGCAUCUGGAGGUGGUGCGCUACUUGGUGGGCGAGCACCAGGCUGACCUGGAGGUGGCCAACCGGCACGGGCAUACGUGCCUCAUGAUCUCCUGUUACAAGGGCCACCGUGAGAUCGCCCGCUAUCUGCUGGAGCAGGGCGCCCAGGUGAACCGGCGCAGUGCCAAGGGCAACACUGCCCUGCACGACUGCGCUGAGUCCGGCAGCCUAGAGAUCCUGCAGCUGCUGCUUGGGUGCAACGCCCGCAUGGAACGCGAUGGCUACGGCAUGACCCCGCUCCUGGCGGCCAGCGUGACGGGCCACACCAACAUCGUGGAGUACCUCAUCCAGGAGCAGCCUGCCGAGGAGGAGGAGGGGCGGCCAGGGCUGACCCGAGAAGGCCUCUCCACCAGCCCAGGAUGCGUGCAGCACCAGGGGGCUCGCUGCUGCAGCUCCUCCGCAGAAGAACCACUCAGUGGUGAACCUUACGAAAACUGCUGCCCCACCAGCCGUGAAGCUGCCGUGGAAGCCUUGGAAUUGUUGGGAGCCACCUAUGUGGAUAAGAAGCGGGAUCUGCUUGGGGCCCUGAAACACUGGAGACGGGCUAUGGAGCUGCGUCACCAGGGGGGUGCAUAUCUGCCCAAACCAGAACCCCCUCAGCUGGUCCUAGCCUAUGACUAUUCCAGGGAGGUGAAUACCACCGAGGAAUUGGAAGCGCUUAUAACCGAUCCAGACGAGAUGCGCAUGCAGGCCCUGUUGAUCCGAGAGCGCAUCCUGGGUCCCUCUCAUCCAGACACUUCGUAUUAUAUCCGUUACAGGGGCGCGGUGUACGCCGACUCAGGCAAUUUCGAGCGCUGCAUCCGCCUGUGGAAGUAUGCCCUGGACAUGCAACAGAACAACCUGGAGCCUCUGAGCCCCAUGACCGCCAGCAGCUUCCUCUCCUUUGCCGAAUUCUUCUCUUACGUGCUCCAGGACCGGGCGGCCAAAGGCAGUUUGGGGACGCAAAUAGGCUUUGCAGACCUCAUGGGGGUGCUCUGCAAAGGGGUCCGGGAAGUGGAACGGGCCCUGCAGUUGCCCAAGGAGCCCGGGGACUCGGCCCAGUUCACCAAGGCCCUGGCCAUCAUUCUCCACCUGCUCUAUCUGUUGGAAAAGGUGGAGUGCACGACAGAGCAGGAGCAUCUGAAGCACCAGACCGUCUACCGACUGCUGAAGUGUGCUCCCCGGGGCAAGAACGGCUUCACCCCUCUGCACAUGGCCGUGGACAGCGAGAGUACAAACGUGGGCCGCUACCUGGUGGGCAGAUUUCCCUCCCUCCAGGUGGUCAGGGUGCUGCUGGACUGCGGGGCUGACCCAGACAGCCGGGACUUUGACAACAACACCCCUCUGCACGUAGCUGCCCAGAAUAAUUGCCCAGGGAUCAUGAAUGCCCUGAUCGAGGCAGGGGCCCACAUGGAUGCCACCAACGCCUUCAAGAAAACAGCCUACGAGCUGCUGGAUGAGAAGCUGCUUGCCAAGAGCACCAUUCAGCCCUUCAACUACGUCACCUUGCAGUGCCUUGCAGCCCGCGCCCUGGACAAGAACAAGAUCCCCUACAAAGGCUUCAUCCCGGAGGAGCUGGAGGCUUUCAUCGAGCUGCACUGACAGGGUUCUGAGAGGGGGAAACCCAGAGAAGUGCAGCCCACACGCGCCCUUGCCCUCUCUCGGUGAACGCUUCUGGUGGCACGAAACAGGAGAAGGGCUCUCCUGCCUCCAAGGCCCUUCACUUCUGCGGAGAGUGGGGGAAGCAGUUAGAAGAUGUUGGUGCUAGAAGUCUUCAGAAUCACGUGCUCAGACAUUGUCUUGCCCAGGAGCACACACACCCAUCCAUAAUUGGGAGAAGAUGCACGACCUUCCGCACAUCCCAUCUGCCUAGGUCUCGGAAGAUUUUGCCUUUUUACCAAGAGGCAGAGGGAUUGAAGCCAUUGCCUUCCUCCCCUCCUAGAAAUGGGAAGAAGCUGAGAAUCAGGUCCAUACUUCUCUGCCUCGUACGUGGCUGGAUAAACCCAGCCACGGAAUGCAGUGUUAGGACUGGGGGCUCCCAACGUGGAAAGUUGGAGACUCAAGAAGCAAGACCACCUGUCACUUUUUCCAGCACAGUCGCACCCUGCUCCGUCUGCAUUGCCAAAGUCAGGGCCAGGUGGGCAGGGCUCUGUGCCCAGGGCAGCCUGCCACUUGCAUAGCUUUCGGCUGGUUUGGUGUUCUUUUUAUUUAGUAGGUGGGCAGGUUAUAGGCAUUGCACGGGAGUCCUGAGGUUUUGCCGCCAUUUUAUUUUAUUUUUUUUUCCUCUAAAAAGAAUUUGAAAUUUUCUUUAAGACUUGAUAAGUUAAUUUCCCACACCAAGGGUUUUGUUGUGCUUGAGGUGGCCAAGGUCGUCAGGAGCGAGCUUUGUUGUGUGAAGAAUGUAAAGCAAGUAGACCAUAGUAUUGGUCCCUAAAACACAGGUGACUGUACGUUUCUUAAAACUUCACUCGUUUGCCUUUCGCUUGGGCCUCCCGUCUUCCCAGCCUCAUCAGAGAGUUUUUUCUAAAUAAGAAUCAGGCCAAACGCCCAAAGAGCUGAGCUUGGCAUGAAUUCCUCACUGAGUGAAAACUAGCAAGGUUGGUUUGAGGUUUGGUUUUCACCGUUUCUGACUUAAAACUGCAGGCCGCUUCAGCCCCACGAAUCACCUACAAGUACAGUUUCGUUGUGGGCAUAGCCUCCCCCGGUGGCUCCACCCCCUCUUACAGCUGCUCAGGGACCCGAGUCCAGGUCUUCCUGAGAAAAUCCUAAGUGCAGUGUUAAGUCAGUGGUCUCAUCCAGCUAGAUGAGACGCUGGAGGCUGGGAGCCGAGGUGGUACAAAAUCUUGGCUUCCCAUCACUCGGAGUAUAAAGUACUCGCGCUGGGGAACCUGCUAUGGGGAGAUUUUUCUCCAGUGGUACUGCAUAUACCCUGGGGCAGAAGGAGACUGUUCUUGGCCUGUUUGGAGAGCAGUGAAUGGCGGAAGGGGACAGAAGCUCAGGAGAAAGGUCACAUUGAGGACAGUGGCAUCCUUGCACUAUGCCUCUCUCACAGCCUUGUUGAGUGGCAGCUGCAUGGAGGCCUUUGGAAGCCACAGCAGGUGCCCGGAUGUCCCGCCCUCUGAGAAAACUCGGUCUUGUGUGGAUUUGCAGUGUUAGUUAGGAUGUUAAUUACAAGACCAGGUUUUACCUUCCAUCAAGGUGGGAAAUGCGCAUACUGUCCCAAAGCACAGAAUAAAGAAAUGAGGCCGUUUAAAUUGUGAGUGCUGGCGCUGAUGUUUAAGUCAUUAAAAAGAUAACACUCAAAGGCAACCACCUGACAGUUCCUUGCUGGGGUAGGCAGGGGAGCAGGCGGGAAGAGGGUGCCACCAAGAGUAAAAGGCCAUGGUGCCAGCCCACAUCAAGGACCAGCCCUCGGACUCCUAUCUCUAACUGGAGGAGUUUCUGUUUAUGUGCUGGUGCUCUAUGUAAGGUUUCAUUCAGAAAUAGUGUAUCACUGUGUAAAAAAGUGAAGACCACUGACUUAGUUCAAGCCCCCACUUUGCGGUAGGGUUGCCGUGGCAAAGAGGAUGGCUUGACCCUCCUGAAAGGACUGGAAGGCCUAAGGAAACAGGAAGCCCCCCUAACUCAUUGAGACCCAUUGAUGGAACUGGUGGAAUGCUCUGGCCCAGGCGGUCUGUCUGUGAACUUGGUGGAUUUUCUGGAGCUGGCUCCGCCUUAGGAAGAAAAUCCAAGCCUCCCCCACCCCUUUUUUUCUCCUGUCAUCUCACUCUUGAAAUUCUGGUUUUCUCCACAUUAGCACAGUCAUACCUCUACCCAAAAGCAUGGCCCCGUUAGGCGGUCGCUGAGUUUUCCCUGAGUGCCUGCUGUGUGCCAGGCAUGUCCCAAGCCCCCUUAUUCCCGAGGGCGGUCUCCCCAUGUUCUCACCUCAUGGCAGCGGGGAAGGCCAUGCCAUGGUGACAUUUCACCUCCAAUAGCACGUUGGGCUGGAGGGUUCUCUGUCUCCAGGCUUCACUGGGCACCCACCAACUCCUUAGCAGCUAAUACCCACUCAGUUAACGUUGUGAGCAUAUUCGGUUGUUGGAAAAGCCAUGAUGUAUUUUUUAUAUGUUUUUCAUUGCCAAAAUGCAUCAUGACUUUUCGGACAACCUAAUAUCCUUGCCUUGAAGGAGUGGGUUUCAACUCAGCAGAUGCUCUCAGAGCCAUGUCCUCCCUGCAGAUAUAAUACUAGCAAAAGCAAUAUUGAGUGCUGACUGUGUGCUGGCCACCUCAUUAACUGCUCACAGCAGCCCUGUCAAGUCGGUGUCGUCAGUCCUAUUUUGCAAGUGGGGAAAAUGGAAGCUAUUAAGAAGUUUUAUGAGGCUCACCAAAGAGGGAGACUGAUCUGUGCCAAAUACUCCCUUCACAAGCUCAGACUGGAGAAUCACGAUGUUGGCCUCAGACUUUCCAGUAAAAGCCAUUUUAAAACAAAGCUCGGGCAGGUUUCAAAUGAACGUCGUUUCAGCAGCUCAAAACUCGUAGGAAUGACCUGGUUCCUCCAGGGGCCCCUGUAUGGCAGUAAGCAGAAUGGAAGGCAUGUUUCUGCCAGCUGAAGUCCUCAGGUUCACUCGAAUUGGACCAAGCAGUAGCCCAGGAGUAGGGGGUGGAGGAGGAGCCCACCUCCCCAAACAUCUGUACUCCAAAUGAAAUUGGGGUUCCUAUAAAAUAAAAAUUGCCAUUUAUCAGUGAAGAAGCAAGCUCAGAGAGGCCAAGUGGCCUGCCCAAGGACACACAGCCAGGAUGAUGACCCACAUCACUGGUAGUUGAGCAAACAGGCUCCCAGAGGGGAAGGGGCUGGCCCUGGCUCACUCAGCCACCCCACCAAUGAGAGCUCCUGCCCACACUCACUGUCAUUUCCCACCCCACUUUCUGCCUCCACAGAACUGAAGUCAGGGCCUGAAGUUCUCAUUUGGUCAUCUGCUUGCUUAGUGCCUUUCUCAGACCUUCCAGAGCCCUGUGAGGGUCCCUCUUGGUCACUGCCAUGUCCUCAGCACCCAUGUGUUGACUUAGUGGAUUAAUGGAUGAAUGCCUCUCGCCUCCCGGAGUUCCAGUCCUCCUUGGACUCUUUGGGGUGACAUGGAGCAGGCCCUGAUGGCUUGGCCUUGCCCAGAGCCCGUUGACCCCUUGGGAUUCCAGCACUGUUAUCUGAGCAGUGUUUACAGGCAGAGGAGCGGAGUGUCCUGGCCCAAGGUUAAAGAUAGCACAGCUCUGAAUCACAUCACAGCCGGAAAGGUGAGAUGACCAGCCCCUGGGACUGCUGGCACAGCAAGGCACUAACUCCAUGUCCCCAGAGAAAGGAUGGGUCGGGGCGUGGAUUCCUGUGGAAGAUUUGGUUAGGACUGGACAGAGAGGGUGGUGCCACUGUUUGCUGCAACAGAUGUUGGCAAGACGCAGCCCAAAUGUGGGCAGCACCCCCCCCCCUCCUGCAGGGCCGGGAGAGAACUGUCCCUCCCCUGACCCCAGCACCUGUGUUUCUCAUAGAUCACAGAAGAGACCAUCAACCUAGGGACUGAAGAAGACAUUUGAGGUUCCCAGUGCAACCCUCUCCCCCUGCCCUAUGCCCUGAUGUCCUCUACUAAAAACCCAUGGGGCAAUGAUCUUGAUAAAAUGCCACCUCCAUGAAGCCUUCCCACAUCAUCCAAAACACAGUCCUUGCCAUCCUACAUUACAUCUCUCUUGUGUAUUUAUUUCUCAACCCAUAUAACCUUAACCCCUACAAUUAUCUUUAUGUGCUUCUUUUGUGCAUGGUGUCCCUUCCCUAGAAUGUCAGCUACACAAGCUCAUUCCCUGCCGUGUGCCCAGUGCCUGAAAGAAGGCAUAUGACACAGUAGCUCUCUUAAGUGUUUGUUGAAUGAAUAAAUGAACUAGCAGCUCCUUGUAAGAAGAGCAAGGAGAAUGGCAUGGCCAGAUCAGAGUGAGCAGGAGGAGGUGGGGGACUAGGUCCUGGUGAGCUGUUUGGGUUUUAUCCUUAGGGAGAUGGGCAGCUGCGGCAGUUUCAAGCCAAGGAGAAGAGUGACCUGAUUUAAGCUUUGAGAUCACUCUGGCUGAGACUGGAGGAAGGGAUUGGAGGGGUGACUCCGGAGACAGAGGGGGCGGGGAGAGCAGGUGUCCCAGUGAGCACUAGCGGGAAGGGGGCCAUGGGUGGAGAAGAGGAUUGAUUUCGUAUCUGCUUUGGAGCUGGGCAGGCAAGAGCUGUUGAUUUGGGUUGGAGAAUGGGGAUCGAGAGCAGGUUUUGAGUCAGAGCCAGUAGGUGGAUGGAUGGUGAGGCUGUUUAAAGGGCUGGAGAGAAAUGGAGCCAAGUUCUGGACUCGAGGUGGCCCUGGGGCCUCAUUCACCACUGUAUACUCGGUACCCAGGAAAAUGCUUGGCUCGUAGUAGGCUCUUAGUGUUUGAUAACUGUCAGUCCCGGGGAAGGCAGGCCUUUGAGUUGCUGAAGCGGCUUAGCGUUGACUUCCAAAGGACCUCAAACUCAGAUGGCAAUUGGGGCUGGCAGGUAACACAGGCAGGUGGGCAGCGUGACCAACCUUCAGUUAAAGAAGAGAUCACCAAACUAGAAAAUAUUUUGAACUGAGCAUAAAACAACAUAUGAAAACGUGUAGAAUGCAGCUAAAGCAGUGCUAAAAAGAAAUGCACAGCUUUAAAUAUUUAGAAGAGAAAAACUAGAGAAUUGAUGAUCUCAGGCAGGAGUCUGCACUACAGCCUGUGGGCCAAAUCCAGCUGUAUUUUUAUAUUUAUUUACAAAAAUAAAUAUUGCUUUAUUGAAACCAAAAGCUGUUAUUUUAAAAGUUUAAAUCGAAUGAAACAGUUUGGGGCGGCCUCAGGCCACCAACUUGCUAUCAGUUCUCUGAAUCAGUCCCAAUUUCCUCUUUCAGAGAAUGAACAUGCUCAUUGGGCAGUGCAGAGCAGUGGUUAGGAGCCAGGCCACCUGACCUUGGGAACAGCACGUCCCCUCCAUGAGCCUCAGUCUCCUCAUCUGUAAAAUGUGGUAAUGGUGGCCGCCGCCUCGGCGUCAUAUGAAGGAUUAAAUGAGAUGACCUAUGAAAUCCUAGCACAUAAUAAGGCUCCUAUUGUCUGCAUGCCCAUUUGUACAUAGACUCCAUGGAUGAACUAAAAAUUUUAAAUAUGUACUUAUUUGAAUGUGGCCUAAGGAACAAAGUGUAGCUAGCCCAUCCCAACACGUGAGUUCACAGAUGUUAAUACUGCAGAUGACCCAAGUUUAAAAAUAAAGAUGAGUUCAUAUUUUAUA